GCCUGGUAGGUUAAAAGGUCGUACGCACCGACGCGGAGGAAAGAAAGUAGUGUUGUUGUGCUUUGGGAAGAGUGGCGCGACUUUAUUUUUGUGAAGUGUAUUUUUCUUUAGUAACAGAAAAUGGACGCCAUGAACAGACACCGUGCUAUGUAUAAAGGAACCACACCUCCAUGGAAAGAGACUUACAGGAAGCGAUGUGUGGAGCGCCUGAGGAACAGCCGCUCCAGGCUGCUGCAGAGGUAUCGACAGGUUGGGGGGAGCCUGCACUGCGGGGCCCAGGGCUCCUUCAUGGUACAGGAGGUGAUGGAAGAGGAGUGGAACGCACUGCAGACAGCAGACCGGGGGCUGCCCUCCAUGUGGAGCAAAGGGGGCUUUGGAGAUAUUUUCAGCCUCAAGAACGACGGGGAAUUGGCAGUGCUCGAGGAGAUUCAACAGGAACUCAUUGCGCAGGAACAAGCCAUCCUUGAAGAAUACGACAAAAGCAUGCAGUAUGAGGAGCAGUGUGUGAUUGCAAUGGCUGAAGGCCUGGAUGCAGAUAGCCACGUUAUCUGUCCACUCUGUCACAGGAAUAACCUGACGGUUAACAGUCACUUUGUCUCAUGCCCGUGUGGGAUGUACAUUAAUACGCUGAACAAAAAUAUCACUGUCGAAUACCUCCGAUCCCUUCUGGAGAGCCGAGUGACUGAUCAUAAUUACCAGUGUUGCCAAAACCCUGUCUUCUCAGUUGCCAAUGGCAUUGAAAGGUGUGCUAAUCUACUCAUGAGCUGUAUGGCUUGCGAUUACCUGACGGUCAUCCUCUGAAGCAGACAGAGACGCUGCAGUCCAAGUCUUAACUCUGCAAGAAGGAUUUCUUAACUUCUGAAUCGGAAGGAUUUGUUUUGCUUGCAUGCAGUUUGUCGUAUUACAACGGUGUGUGUGCCUGUCUUGUUUGUCUUUUCUUAAUGUUAAUUUCUAUGAAAUAAAGCGCUUUUUUUAUUUUAA